AAUAGCCGGAGAGCCACGUCACAUCCGCUGGUAUGUCCUUCUAGUGUUCGCUAUCAUCGUCUCCAUUUCCUUUCCGAAAAUUGUUCUGAAAUUCAGAAGGCCUUCUUUCUUGGAUGUGACUUGCGAGUAGUUGUUACGCUGCUCAGUAGCUGAAGUGGAGCAAGAGCAAUGGCAUACGAUCAUCGGCACCCAGUUCUAUCUUCUCUCGGAAAGGUAGGACAGUCAUCUGGUGAGAUUGACAAUGUUGAGGAACCGUUAGUUCCUGUUGAGUUCAAAAACUCAGAGAAUUUUUCUGCCAGAGCUGCAAUAUUACCAUUUCUAUUUCCAGCGCUUGGAGGAUUACUUUAUGGCUAUGAUAUUGGUGCAACAUCCUGUGCCACCAUUUCUUUACAGUCAGCAUCAUCGAGUGGAAUAUCAUGGUACAACUUAUCUUCUGUGGAAGUUGGUCUUGUAACUAGCGGCUCCUUAUAUGGUGCCUUGAUUGGCUCUGUCUUGGCUUUUAAUGUUGCUGAUUUUCUAGGGAGAAGAAGGGAGCUUAUUCUGUCAGCUUUAAUGUAUCUCGUUGGAGCUAUCAUAACAGGACUUGCUCCUAACUUUGCUAUUUUGAUAAUUGGCCGCUUCAUAUCUGGAACAGGAAUUGGAUUGGCAAUGCAUGCAGCGCCAAUGUAUAUUGCUGAAACUUCCCCCAGCAAGAUUCGUGGACAAAUGAUCUCUCUCAAAGAGUUUUUUAUAGUACUUGGAAUGGUUUUCGGUUACAGCAUUGGUAGUCUUUUAGUUGAAGUGGUUGCCGGUUGGCGCUACAUUUAUGCCGCCAACACUGCAAUUGCGUCGGUCAUGGGAGUGGGAAUGUGGUGGCUACCGUCAUCUCCCAGAUGGCUACUUUUAUGUGCCAUACAGAGAAAAGGAAAUAUGGCAGAGUUGAAAGAGCAGGCUAUAAGCUGCUUGCACCGGCUACGGGGUGCAGUUAUUGGUGAGAAAGCUUCUGAAGAAGUGGAUGAAAUUUUGGAAGAGCUCUCUUUUCUUGGUGAAUCAGAGGAGGCCUCAAUAGGGGAAAUAUUUCAGGGAAAGUGCUUGAAGGCCCUAAUAAUUGGUGCAGGAUUAGUAUUAUUUCAACAGAUAACUGGUCAACCAAGUGUGCUAUAUUAUGCUCCCUCUAUCUUUCAGAGUGCAGGAUUCUCUGCUGCUGCAGAUGCGACCCGGGUGUCAAUUUUACUUGGUUUGUUGAAGCUAUUGAUGACUGGAGCAGCUGUUCUUGUUGUUGAUAGACUUGGGAGGAGGCCUUUACUCCUUGGAGGUGUAUUUGGGAUUGUGAUUUCUUUGUUCCUCUUGGGAUCGUAUUACCUUUUCCUGGGUAAUGUGCCUGCUGUUGCUGUAGUUGCGCUCUUGCUAUAUGUUGGUAGUUACCAGUUAUCUUUUGGUCCCAUUGGUUGGUUAAUGAUUUCUGAGGUUUUUCCAUUGCGGCUCAGAGGUCGAGGGCUCAGUAUAGCAGUGCUUGUGAAUUUUGGAGCAAAUGCUCUUGUGACAUUUGCAUUUUCUCCACUAAAGGAAUUGCUUGGAGCGGGGAUCCUUUUUUUCAUAUUUGGGUUGGUAGCUAUUCUGUCUCUCGUCUUUAUAUUCUUCAUUGUACCAGAGACAAAGGGACUGACCCUCGAGGAAAUUGAAGCCAGAUGCCUUUGAACUCUUUCAACCAAAAUACAAGAUUAUCAUUUCUAUCUCAAAAUGAAAGUUUUAAAGCUUUAAGUCAAAUUCCUUUGUGAGGAGAUGAUACAUGUUUUAGGGGGCCUAAACUAAUUCUGUGAUGUGCCUUCCCUUGCUGUUUACUUUCUACUUGAUAAUCAGGGCAGUGGGUCUUCCAAGUUCCAAAUGUUUGAUACCAUGCUCGCUUGAAUUACAUAUCCAAACACAUGUUUAUAAUAAAGAUGUGUUAUCUAUGAACA